ACCCUUUCUUGCGGAGGCCCUAUACUAAUAACUUGGCUUGCAGGACAAAGGCAGCUACACCGGCGUUAGCGAGCUUGGCUUUCCUUCCCUUUCCUUUUGCUACCCGAUCGCUCUUUUGACUUUGGCUCUUUAUCUGUAUACUAUUUAUUAUACACAUCCCCGUUUCUAAUCCAUAAUAAAGAGAUGAGUUAGGAUUCACUAAAUAAUAAUAAAGAGAUGAGUUAGGAUUCACUAAAUAAAGGACAAAAAGAAUCAAUGGGCCACCCACAGGAGAACCAACCCUUUCUCGUAUCUGGCACUAAUCCUUUUUGCACUUAGAAUUGGAAUGGAAUAACUAAUAGAUUGAGCAGCAGCUCGUAGAGACCACCUUCCUUAUAAAGAAAUCAAUAAAGAACAUAUCUCUCUUAUCUUGAAAUAAAGAACAUAUUGAUCUUAUCCUAUAUCUUGAAAUAAAGAACAUAUUAAUCUUAUCUUAUAUAUAUAUGUGUAUGUUUCUAUCCAUAUCCUGACAUAAGAAGCCCAAUAGGAGCAAGCAAUACUGGAAAGGGCGAUCCGAAAGACCUAUACGGAGAUCGGCUAAAACGCCCCAAAGGCAUUACAAAAAGCACUUAGUAGAAUGGAUAUGCCCACUAUAGACAAUACUAAACAAACUCUCAUUUCUUCUAGACGGUAUAAGGUCCUCUUUUCUUUCAAAGUGUCUUCUAUCUGCUAGAGCUUGAAUCAUUCCCAAGGUUUUGCCAAUACGUUGUUGUAUCGCUGCAGAUAUUUCUCUUUCUAACCACACAAUGAAAAGUACUUCCUCCUAUUGUAAUUCCGUGGUACAAAGAUCUAUAGGAGUCCAUAUACUAAUAUAUAACUAAGGAUUCCGAUGUCUCAAAAGAAAUGGUCGUUUUUACUUCGAAUCGAAUUAGGCAUUAAUUUCUGAUCUAUUACGCUUCACUUCUAAAUGAUCAUAGGGUCUGUCUCCUCCAGUAAAGCCUUUCUAGAGCCUGUGGAAUAAGAGCAACAAUAUGGAUUUCUUCAUUUCACCGAUAUUCGUACCAAAUAAUGAGCUAAGGCUUUCAGCUCCUUCCUUUUGCCAUUGUACUUUCCCAAUCUCAUUCAUUGUCAAACUCAACAUUAUCAAUGGAAGGCGCAAUGAUAGGUAAGCAGUCUACGAAGCAAAGCCCCUUGCAUUACAGAAAUAGUUAUGAACUGACUCCAUUCCCUUAGUCUCCCGCCAAGCUAGCUAAUCUAAUAGUUUCUAGUUCCAUUCCUUCUUCUUAACUUUAACCAACACUUAAUUCAGAACGAAGGCCACCAUCCUUCUUAUUCUUUAUUGAUUUCUUUCUCGAGUGGAUUUCUGGGUGCUAAGGCCCUGGAAAGGGGAGAGUAGCUGAGUGGUCAAAAGCGACAGACUGUAAAUCUGUUGAAGGUUUUCUACGUAGGUUCGAAUCCUGCCUCUCCCACUUAUUGUUGUUGUAGACUCAAGAUAAGAUCAAGUAGGCGUCAGCGUAGGCCGAGCGAAGCUCUUUCUCUUUAGUAAGAUAGACUAAUUGCAAUUGUAUCGUAUGCUAGUUAGAGAGGUUGGCGAACAACUACGAUCGUUAGAUAUUCCCAUUAUCAGCUAUAUCCAAUCCCAACUAGAAUAGAAGCUAGGCGUAGGCUUUACGUCUGUCGGCACACGCAUGCACCCUUAAUAAUGCCUCCUUGGUUCGGGACAAAGCCCAGCGAUACCCUUACCCAGCAGCCAGCAGCCAGCAGCUGACGCUGACCUUACUUUUCCGUUUCAAACUCCUCGAAGCUUCUUAGCCCUCGGAAGCAAUGCUCUGUUUUUCAUAGAUUCUCCACUUUAGAUUAACGCUUCUAUACUCGAUCUUAACGCUAUAUUCUUUAAGCAUCUUAACGCUAUAUUCUUUAAGCAAUGCAAGUAUGAUCGAGGAUUGGACUUUAAGCAAUGCAAGUAUGAUCGAGGAUUGGAGAGGGAUAGGUGGAUUCAAAAGCUCAGGAUGGAAUGGAAUUCAGAGUCUUUGUGCGAGCCGUAUGCGGUGAGAGUCGCACGUACGGUUACGAGGGGGGUUAGCGUCUAUACUAUAAGUUUCUCAAACCCACCCUAUUUGUUCCAUGAUCUAUGGGUCUACUGGAGCUACCCACUUCGAUCAAUUAGCCAAGAUUUUCACCGGAUACGAAAUAACUGGUGCUCAAUCUAGUGGUAUUUUUCUUGGGAUUCUCUUUAUCGCAGUAGGAUCCCUAUUCAAGAUCACUGCAGUUCCUCUUCAUAUGUGGGCACCCGAUAUCUAUGAGGGUUCACCCACCCCGGUUACAGCAUUCCUUUCUCUUGCGCCUAAAAUCUCUAUUUCUGCAAAUAUGUCACGUGUUUCUAUGGUUGGUUCCUAUGGAGGUACAUUGCAACAAAUCUUCUUUUUCUGCAGCAUUGCUUCUAUGAUCUUAGGAGCAGUGGCCGCCAUGGCCCAAACGAAAGUCAAAAGACCUCUAGCUCAUAGUUCGAUUGGACAUGUAGGUUAUAUUCGUACUGGUUUCUCAUGUGGAACCAUAGAAGGAAUUCAAGCACUACUUAUAUAUAUUUGGAUUUAUGCAUCAAUGACGAUGGAUGCAUUCGCCAUAGUUCCAGCAUUACGGCAAACCCGUGUCAAAUAUAUCUCUGAAUUAGGCGUUCUAGCCAAAACCAAUCCUAUUUCGGCUAUUACCUUCUCCAUUACAAUGUUCUCAUACGCAGGAAUACCCCCGUUAGCCGGCUUUUGUAGCAAAUUCUAUAUGUUCUUCGCCGCUUUGGGUUGUGGGGCUUACUUCCUAGCCCUAGUUGGAGUAGUUACUAGCGUUAUAGGUCGUUGGGCGGCCGGAAGGUUGCCAUGAGUCAGGUUUGGGAAGGCAGUAUUCCGUGCACUGGACACGUAGCUUACCGAAUCAGUUGCGACACGGAUUGGAAUGCAUACUACGAAAUCAAGGGUAGAGUCUUAUACAUAAACCGUCGACUCCAUAUCCUUGUACGAGUCCACAAUCACUACACGAGAUGAACCUGGGUUUGGUGAAUAUAAGUUUGCCUUAGGUCUAAUAGGACUCCCAGUUACAGCGCGCUAUCGUAUACUGAGGUGCUCCCCAUCGGUAGUUGGAACGACGCGGGCCUUGAUUCAAUUCAUCAAGAUUCAGGGACAGAGGAUUUCAGCACCUUAUCAUUUUGGGCAGAAAACGAAUCGACAUCUCCUUGUGAUAAAGCCCUUUCAAUUGAAGUUGGGAAAGAACGGCGAAGUCCAUCCGAAAAACAAACCCCCAAUGAAUAAAUCAGAGGAGAGCCAAGUUUCAAUGGCGCGCGAACGAAGCGCAUGCAGAACGGGCACGGAUAGAGAAAUACAUAAGUGUGGUGGAAGAGACCGAGCUCAUUCCUUUCACUUACUGGGCUGGGCGCAGUGCUUUGUUUCCUGGCAAAAUCAAGGAUUUGGGGCUUAUUCCAAAAUCAAUAGUCUUAGAAAGAGAAGAUGGAUCCCAGAGUCUUAGAAAGAUAAGAUGGAUUAAAGGCAUCGAUUUCUUGUUUCUACUUAUAUCUAAUAAAGGCAUCGAUUUCUUGUUUCUACUUAUAUGUUUCUACUUAUAUCUAAUAAAGGCAUCGAUUUCUUGUUCGCCCCCCCGCUUCAGAAACGGCUCCGCAGCAAUGGAUGGCAGAGGGUCCGUAGUACCCGAA